AUGACUUUGGACGAUUUCGAAAAGGAACUGGCUGCGAGUCAGAAGGAAAGAGAGCGUGAGAAAACUAGGGAAAAGUAUCGAGAGAGAGAUCGGGAUUCGGACAAACGCAGGCACAGAGACAAAUACAGAGUUGAGGAGAGAGUCGGGGAUAGAGACAGGAAAUAUAGGCAUUCCUCCAGUCACCAUAGCCGCGACCGUCACCACCAUCACUCCUCCCGACACAGCAAUUCCAACCUCGACGAAGAAGACAGACGCAGACACAAGCGGUCACGCCAUUCCAGCAGCAACGGCGAUGAGGAUCGCGAGCGCUCCCACAAACGCAGAUCUAGGCGGGAGGAGGAGAGCAGAGGCGGUGGCAAGGAUGAAAUACCUGACCCUACAGAAUCGAACACAACUCCGCCACCAACUCUAAAAGAAGAGCCUACGGGACUAACACGGGAUUCAUGGAUGGAAGCGCCCUCCGCUCUGGAUAUUGACUACGUUCAACGUCCCAAACCCGAACAGCAGGAACAUCCCGCUUCCCGGAUGCUGCAAGCGGACUUCGGGUUAAAGUUGCAUAAGAGAGAGUUAAAUCGUCAUUUACAUGAUAUUCAUGAGGAGGAGUUGGAGCCAGAACCACAACCUGAUACCAAGGGACUAGAGGAACCGGUAAAACACGAGGUGGAUUAUACAUUUGGUGAUGCGGGCUCGCAAUGGCGCAUGACAAAGCUGAAGGCCAGAGAAAAAGGGACAUUCCGGGCAGAGGAGGAGGAACCGAACGAUGGCCAACUGCACCCUGGCCGUCAGUCUAUUGAGAGUAACCCGGUUGUUGAGCAGCAGCAGACAAAGCAAUCGAACACUACAGAUCUAAACCGGCUCAAAGCGCAGAUGAUGAAAGCAAAGCUACGACGCGCGUCCAAUGCGACAGAGCUAGAGGCAGAAUAUAAUGCUGCCGUGGCAUCCAUGGCGAGGCGCAAAGAUUCUGAUGUGGUGGUCCUGGGGGUGAUGGAAAAUAGGCUUCUUGCUGGAGGUGAGCGGUCAGAAGUCAAGCCGGUGGAGACUAAGAGGGGGAAGGAAAGGGGUUUAGUGCAGGAGAAUGAAGACAUGAGUAUUGAGGAUAUGGUUCGAGAGGAACGGAGGACUCGUGGCCAAGCUGGAGGGGAAGGACAACGGUUUGCGGAAAGAAUUGCUAAAGAUGCGAAAUUCGAUAAUGACCUCGAAUACAUGGAUGAAAACGCUGCGAAGCUCGCUAAACGCGUGCAAAAAUCAGAAAUCAAUCUCAAAAACACAGCCAUUAGUCAAUUCCAAAAGGUGAACCGCAUCCUCGAUAGCUGCCCACUCUGUUACCAAGAAAACACAGAGACGCCACCCCUCGCCCCUGUAGUUUCGUUAGCCACCAGGGUAUAUCUCACUCUGCCUACGGAACCGGAGCUCAGCGAAGGGAGCGCAUGCAUCGUCCCGAUCCAACAUCACAACAAUCUCCUUGAAUGCGACGACGAUGAAUGGGAAGAAAUACGAAACUUCAUGAAGAGUCUAACGCGAAUGUACCACGACCAAGGUCGCGAUGUAAUCUUCUAUGAAAACGCAGCACAACCGCAGAGACACCGCCACGCAGCUAUGGAAGCUGUUCCUCUGCCCUACAGCCUGGGCGAGAUGUCACCGGCGUUCUUCAAGGAAGCCAUACUUGCCGCGGACGAGGAGUGGACGCAACAUAAAAAGCUCAUCGACACUUUAGCGCAGGCACGCAGUGGCCUGGGCAAACUGGCGUUCCGCCGCACGAUAGCGAAGGAGAUGCCGUAUUUUCAUGUGUGGUUUGAGCUGGACGGGGGGCUGGGACAUAUUGUUGAGGAUGCCAGUCGGUGGCCUCGUGGGGAUUUGUUUGCGAGAGAGGUCAUUGGCGGCAUGCUAGAUCUGGAGCCAGAUGUGAUUAAGAGGCAAGGACGGUGGCGGAAGGGGGGUGAUGGGAGGGUUGAUGGGUUUAAGAAGCGGUGGAGGAAGUUCGAUUGGACAAGGGUGCUGACGGAGGGGUGA